UGAUGUCCAUCAGUCGUUCAGUGACUCUGCGGACAGCAACACAGGGUGCAACAAUGUCUCUAAAAUAUCUAAGUAUAGUGCUAGUACUGCAGCUUUUCGUAAGCUACAGUAGUCAGCAAUCCCUACCAACAGACGACAGCUACGUGGUUGGGGUUGUUGAGUUCAGGCCUGAGCCGAAAGACAUGGACAUCGCCACUAGAACCAGCAUACAUCUGGAAGCGUACAAGGAGCUGAUACGAUCGAAUGAGGCAAAGCUGACGGACAUCGUAGUAUUUCCCGAAUUGACACUUAAUUCUCCUAAUGAUCCCGUCCCCGUACCAGACCCGAAAGACGCCAUUAUCCCAUGCAUACCGAAUGGUACCGAGCUUCUCUCGCAACUCUCUUGUCUGGCCAUCGAAACUGGCAAGUACAUGGUCAUCAAUCUAUCCGAAUCAUUCGAAUGUGACUCCUUACCGGCGAAUGAUCCUCGACCCUGUGACCCUAACGCUACCAACCGUUACAACACCAACGUGGUGUUCGAUCGCAACGGUACCGUCAUUGCGCGAUACCGCAAGACUCACCUCUUCCAGGAACCCGGAACAAGCGUCACCUUUGAACCGGAAAUCAUCACCUUCGAUACUGACUUCGGGGUCCGGUUCGGAGUGGUGACCUGCUUCGAUCUACUGUUUGCCGAACCCACACUGCAGCUGGUCAAGAUGGGCGUGAAAGACUUUGUAUUGCCGGCCUAUUGGGAAUCGGAACCGCCCUUCCUGACGGCUGUGCAGAUCUUCGAAAGUUGGGCGUAUGGAAACGAUGUUAACCUGAUGGCCGCUGGAACGAACUACAAUCCAUCUGGGAGCACCGGAACUGGAGUCUUCAAUGGACGCAACGGAGCCGUAUUUUCUUUCUACACUGGAGAAGCGACUAGAAAAAUCUUUCCAGUUCGUGUUCCAAAACUUCGAAGUAACGACGCAUCAACUUCAACUCCGAUAGAAAAUAACUCCGGGACAGUUUCGGGGCGAUUCGGAGGAGAUUCACUGACUCAAGUACGCAUGGGGACAGAUUUUCCCGGGCGGUUCACAACGGUUCUAAUCAACCCCGAUCAGAAGCUCAAAGUUUUCAACCAAACCAUUUGCAACGGAAAGUUCUGUUGUGAUUUUCAAAUCAACUACGAAGUUCAUCCCAGAAAGCCGAUCUACCACUUCUACCGAUUGAUGGCAUUCGAUGGUGUACGCACGUUUCAAGGUUUUGCCGAUGCACAUGUGAGCAUCUGUGGAGUCAUGACCUGUCUGGACGGGUCACUGGCUAGCUGCGGACUUCCAAAUCAUUGCAACUCGAACUAUUUAACGUUCAACAACUUGACCGUAAGGGGUGACUUCAUCGCUAAUAGCAGUUUGGUCAUGCCAAGUACCCUCGACAAUAAAUUUCAUUCAUUGGAUGCAAAGGACUAUCAGUUCUAUUCAACUGUCGAUUAUCCAAAUGACCGACAGCGCGUUUCGCUUACACUGUCCCGGGCAAUGUCGAAUUUACAAACAUUUGGUAUUUACGCCUUCAAUCAUAAGAAUUUCGACUACUUUAUUCCGGAUGCGGCUCCACCUCCGGAAGACAUCAAUAUGGCGUGACAACCAAGUUAGGAUGGCGAUAGCGCAGAGACGGCGGUUGGAGUAUCCGGAUGGGCUUUAUGUAUGAUGAUAUUCGAUAUGGA